CGGGGCCGGUGGUGGAGAUUGACCGGGAUUGAGCUCGGUUUGGGUGGUCUCGAAGAUGGUCCAGUAUAUACCUGGGAUCAGUGUUGUGCUUAUAGGCUAGUAUCAGCUUCAUUAAUUCAGUCAGACGCUCGAAGAUCCCCUCCAUAGCGACUAACUCAAACCCGUAUAGUGCAGAUCGCAAUCCCGAUAGAUUUCGGGCUUGGACAAUAGGAUCGGACAUAGACAGACAGUUUAUCAUCAUCAACCAGUAUAUAAAGCAAGACCAUUUCCAACCCAAAACCAUCAACUCAGGAUAUUUCUACCAUACUACACCUCCGCAAAAUGCGCCCCUCCCCCACCCCCAUCCCCACAACUUUCCUCUCACGCAACAACCUCCACCUCUCCGCGCAUCUCUACCCAGCCUCCCCCAAUGCCCCCUCCCGCGCCGGCGCCGCCAUCAUAAUCGCCCACCCUUGGACCUCGAUCAAAGAACAAUCCCCGGCCAACUACGCCCGCCACCUCUCCGCCGCCGGCUUCACCUGCCUAACCUACGACGCCGCCCACCACGGCGAAUCGCCCGGCCACCCGCGCCACCUGGAAGACCCCUACCAGCGCGUCGAGGAGAUCAAAGACGCCGCCACCCACCUGGCCACCAAUCUUCCCGACCUCGUGGACCCCACCCGCAUCGGGGUGCUGGGCAUCUGCGCCGCAGGCGGGUACGCCACCUUCGCCGCGCAGACGGACGUGCGUCUCCGGGCCGUGGCGACCGUCUCCGCGGCGUGCGUGGGGGAGCUCGUCCGGCGCGGGGGCUCUUUAGCCCAGCACGCUGUUAACCCAGACAUUUUGGAGAUGCAACUUGCGCUGGCAGCCAAGGACCGCACUACCACGACCACGACCACGACCACGACCAUUACCGCAGUUACCCCCAACCAGAAAGAUGAUAAAGAUGAAGGGCUGGUGCGGAUGCUCCCGCAGCGCUACGAGGACCUGUCCCCCGAUGCACCCCCGGCCAUGCGCGACUUCGCGGCGUACUACUGCACUACCCGGGGUUACCAUCCUCGGGCGGUGGGGGUGGCGCGCGCGCGGAGCUGGGAUCUGAUGGCGAAUUUCGAGGCGUUUCGGUUCAUGGACAGGAUCUGUCCGCGGCCGGUGUUGAUGGUUGUCGGGGGGAGGGCGGAGAGUCGGUGGGUGAGUGAGGCUGCGGUUGAGCGCGCGAGGGAGCCGAAGGAGGUGUUUGUGGUGGAGGGGAGGUCGCAUGCGGAUUUGUAUGAUCGCGUCGAGGAGGAGGGGGUUGGGGAGAAGUUGGUGCAGUUUUUUGAGGGGGGGUUGGUUGGGCUUUAGGGCUGUGCUUUAGGGGUAAGUAAAUGUAAUAGCGGCUAUUGGUAUGGGUGGUUUUAGGCGCGGGCUCAGGUAUGGGAUGGGCUUUUAGCCAUCGGUGAUUCAUUUGUUCCUGUGCAAGGAGUUGCAGAAGAGCUUUGUGGGUGGGUGCAUGUGGUUCUUUGACCUCCCGCGAACUAUACGAGAGCAGUAACAAGCCAGAAGCUUUUGAGCAUCACCAUGCCUAUGUGUGUAGAGGUACUCGGAAGAAUAGAGAAUAGAGGCAACAUUGCG